GUAGCGACGUUUCGAUUCCUUUGAUUUUAUUUUUGUUUUCCCAAACUCUCUCAUUUAUUUGUUGCUAGUUGGUAGGGAUGCUUUUGUGGCUCUGACUGAAAUGCAAUAUUUGACGGAAACGCUUAGUUUUGGUGUUAUUUGUGUAACUAAAUGUGGAAUUAUUGUCUGUUACUGAAUUGAAACAAUAUGUAAUAUUAGCGAACAUUAUUAUUAAAUGUGUCGUAAAUGUAGUUGUGUUAUCGUUCCUUGAUUUCUUAGUUGAAAUAAAGAUGCAAAUGUUAUUUAUAUUUUUCGUUCCUUGGAUUUUUAUGUCAAAUAUACGGUGCAAAACUAUAGUGAAAUAUUCCUAUGUUGCUUCAUGUGUUGUGUUUAUUUUGUCUUGUGCAACGGCCGAUGAAAAAGGUGGUGUUUCUGAUGAAGAAUUUUUAAUCAAAUCACAUAAAGUUAUUGAAGCAGUACCUAAAGUUUUAGGAAGAUCAACUUCAGCUAGUGGAUUACCGGAUGAUUGGAAUUGUGCUACUGUGAAUGCUUGUGACGAUCCGAUUGGCUACGAAGCGAUUCGAGGUCUCCAUCGACAAUUAGAUGACGACGCUAACGGUAGCAUCGAUGUCUCAGAAACAGACGAGUUUCUCAGAGAUGAAUUACAAUAUGAAAAUGGAAGGCACAAAGAACGACAUAAAGAAUUUCAUGGGACAGAUAAAUAUAUCAAUGUUGAUGAAUUGUGGCAAGUGUGGAAAAUGUCUGAAGUGCACAAUUGGACUGUGGAUGAAACCGUAGACUGGCUAAUAACUCAAGUUGAUCUUCCUCAAUAUGAGCACAAUUUUCGUAACAAUGGAGUUAAUGGAGCUUCUCUGCCUUUACUUGCUCAAAACGUCAACAACUAUAUUUCCAUGAAUCUUGGCAUUAAAGACUCAAUUCAUAAACAAAAGAUUGCUCUAAAAGCAAUGGAUGUUGUUCUUUUUGGGCGUCCUAAAUACCGCAAUUAUUUUAAGGAUGUGGCAGUUGCUGUAUCUUGUAUAGUUUCUGCUGGUGUGUGUUGGUUUGCUUAUGUACAGAAUAAAUAUUCAAAAGCUCACUUACAAAAAAUGAUGAAAGACAUGGAGAGUUUACAAAAAGCUGAAGACUCACUUUUAGAUUUACAAAAAGAACUAAGUAAAGCAAGACAUGAACAAGAAAUCGUUAGUAUUGAAAAGCAAGAUCUUGAAAGAAGGCUUCAAGAUCAAAGAAGUUUGGAACACUCUAUAAGUGAUUGCUCAGACCCUGAUGGAUUAAGCAGAAUAUCAGAAUUGGAAAAGCAACUCCAAAUCGCUCGAUGUGAUUUAAGGGAAGCUGAAAAAAAACUUGAGGCACGCCACUGGGUUGCGCCUGUCACUUUACAACACUGGUUACAACUGACCCAUGAGAUUGAACAGCGUAACUACAAUGCCAAAAAAUCAGUGGCCGAACAACAGUUAUUAGCUGCCAAGGAAGGUUGUGAAAAACUGAGUAAAAAAAGAGCCACUUUUAUGGGUGCCUUUAGAAUAGCUCAUGGUAGCUCCAUUGAUGAUGUGGAUGAUCGCAUUGUAAAAGCCAAGUCAGCUUUGUACGAAGUAACAACUGAUCUUCAAGAAAGGAUGCAUCGCUGGAAGCAAGUUGAAAUUCUCUGCGGUUUUCCAAUUAUUCAUAAUCCUGGCUUAGCAUCUCUAGAAAGCAUUUUGAAGCCAACACUGUUGAAUGGCACAAGCAGUAGCACACACUCUGAUUUAUCAACUAAAAAAAAAGGACUCAAUACUUUGACUCAUAGCAGUAGUGAAACUACACUUCGAGAAGAAAGCCCACCGCCCUACACUGGUAUCGUACCUACCUGCAUAAGCAGUUCUACUAAAACUACAGAUAGACAUAGCUUUAAAGCUCAAAGAUUUUUAGUUCACCGUGAUAGUGGCAUUUCCCUGACCUCUGCUGCUCAAACGCCUGCUGCUUCAACUUCUAAAAGUGGCUCGGGAGUUGCUAACAUUCCUCCACCGCCUAGCUAUUCAAAAUCCAGCCCUUCCUUAAUUAAAAACAAUCCUGACAUAAUGGCCUAUUCUGCUCUUGCUUCCACCUCGAGGGUUGUCUAUCCCAGAGAAUGUUAUAGGCCUUUAGAGAGUGUAUCCUCUUUUGAAACAGAUAACGAAGAGAUUCUAAUCCCUGAUCCUGUUGACGAUGACUCGACGGAGAGGAGCAAUACUCCUCCCUCCCUUGCGUCAUGCCCAGAGUCAUCCAGACCAAUGUUUACACUUACUGAUGGGAAUCAGGGAAAACCACAUAAUUAUGAAAAACAGAAAACAAAUAGUUCAUGGAAUAGGAAAUUGCCUCAUAUCUUUAAGUUUUGGAAUUCCAGCCCUAAACGACCUGGGGGUGGAAUAUCACUCGUCAAGAAUAAGGAAGUCUAUUUAUCAAGCCCCUUACAACUCACUUCUGAACCUUCAAACGGACGAAUGGGGGACAUUGUUAGAAAAAUAAGCGCGAGCAUCUUAGACAAGAAGAAGAAACCAGGAAGUCUAGCCGUAGAAGCACUAAAAAAGAGCGCUAGUUCUUCCAACAUUGUCGAAAACAGCGAGGGAGGUGCUUCGUCCGAAUCCUCCUCCAGCACAAUAUCCGAAGAAAAGUACAAGAAGAAGAAGUUUUUUCAGACAUUAAGGCACCGAAAGCAGAAAACUUGAAAACGACUGAACAGACAGUGCUUCUUGUCGUGACUUAUGGGUGAGGAAUUGGGCAUAGUUGUACUUGAAAGGAACCAACUUACGUUUUUUCGAAUCAAUAUAUUUAUGUAGCUUUAGAUAUAAAGCAUCUAAGUAGAAAAUAAUAUAAAAAUAAGUGUAAAUCUAAUAGAUAAUUCUCUUGUGUGUUUUCAAUAUAGAGCAACUUUACUUGUUUUUAACAGGUAAGCCAAUGGAUUGUAUAAUAGAAUAUAUCUUAAGCUUUAGAAAGUUGGUUCGUUUCGAACUGGCCAUGCCUAGUUAUUUGGUUUUACUGAAAAAAAUUUUCACUGUGUGAAGUUAUUAACCCGAUGAAAACACCGAGUUUACGUGCAAGUGAGAUGAAUACAAGAGUUGAGCGUGUCUGAAAAGCAUAUCUUAUGUGUAUUUACUUAAGAUGACAUAAUUAGCUUUAUUUAUUUGAGGUGAAUGUGCGUGGCAAUUUUUUCUUCUUCCUUUUGUCUCCAAAUUUUGAUGUUUUUAAUUUGCGAUUUUUGUAUUCAUGUGUUGCAAUUGUAAAUUGAUAAUUUGUGUGCUGAGCGUUAUACAUUCCAUCUGUGUGCAUGUGAGAUUAAUGUUCGAGUGUGUUUGAAUCAUGUUUAAAUGGAAGUGUUCUCAAAAACAGCUGUAUUCAUGUUAAAUUUUCUUGAUAUUAAAUUCCUUUGAGAUA